GGACCUGUCGCCUCUCGAAAUUGCCAGAACUGACGGCUGGAGUGAUUAUACUGGCAAAUGGAUUUGGAAUUGAACUAGGGCCGUAAGUAGGUUACCCAUCAAACAACAUUAAGAAAACAUUAUAAAGAAUAACGUAGGCCCCUGUUUAUUAGUUACUUACGCCCAGGUGUCGGAUAAAUAACAGAUUUAGCUAGGCCUGAACUGUAAUCGCCUCAAGUGGCUAACUCGCGAGCUAGCUAACAAAUGGUAAAGUUGACGACGUUGUGACAUAGCUAGGAAGCCAGCAUGCUAAUGAGAACAAAACAAUACUUUAUAUGUGCAUUGUCGGUACAAGAAAUGAACGCCAGUUAAAAGCGUCGCAAGAAAAUCGUCGGACGGUAGACGUGUCAGGAUAAACACCAGUCACCCGAGAGAAGAUUUUUAAGCUAAGUUAACGUUAGUGUGCUUGGUAAUGCAUAAGGCUAGUGUUGCUAUUAUUUUACAGGAGUAGAGCACAUUGGAACAGUUAAAUGCAUAAAUAGCUGGAUAGGUGGCUAACUUUACUUGUGUUGACGGGUAACGUUAAAUAACGCAAUAAAUAUCUGCAAUAGUGCGCCCCACUUGCGACGACGUGAGUAAUGCCGAAAUAUUUUUUUUCAGGGCAAACUACGUCUUAAAAGUUUCCUGUGAGUGUUUUAGAAAUUCUAUAAUACAUUAUCAAAGAGUCGUCGAGCAUCUAUAAUUGAGCUAAUUUGCCAAACAAACGAUUCGAUGACACGCGACCAAAUGAGUACGGAUCUCGAACUGUACUGACGAGUGUCAACCAAGUUACUGAGCCAACCAUAACAACAUAACUUAACGUUUCUGAGACCUGCUUGCAAACUAUUUAACGUUAGGUGCAUGUAAUUUCUUCGCUAAAUUAGAGAAAAACUUGAAGUGUGUAGCUAACUCGUGUUGAUGGUUCGCUACUAUUGUUAUUUAAUUUAGUUUAGAGCAGUUCGAUCUUCUCAGGUUUCGCGAUGCCUCUGAUGUUCUUGGAGAGGUUUCCGUGGCCCAGUUUGCAGACCUACACGGCGCUGAGCGCUGUCCUGCUUGUCGGGAGUGUUCUCAGCGCUUAUACCACUGUGACUGACUCGAGAUUCGCUUCGGAGACGGACGAAUCCGUAGAAGCGCAAGAUGAAGCCGAGGAAUCUCCGUUUUUCGAUCUUGGAAAUGGAGUGGCCACCACGGUCCUCCAAUACCUAGUGUCUGACAGCUUCUACGUUUGGGUUCUCGUGAAUACAGCUUGUUGUUGCCUGAUGCUCAUUGCUAAGAUGAUCCAGUGCAUAGUGUUUGGGCCCCUUAGAGUCAGCGAAAAACAGCACCUGAAGGACAAGUUCUGGAACUUCAUCUUCUACAAGUUCAUCUUCAUCUUCGGCGUGCUGAACGUGCAGACCGUGGAGGAGGUGGUCACCUGGUGUCUGUGGUUCGCCCUGCUGGUGUUCCUGCACCUCAUGGUCCAGCUGUGCAAGGACCGCUUUGAAUAUCUGUCGUUCUCCCCGACCACUCCGAUGAGCAGUCACGUGCGCGUGCUGACCCUGCUGGUGUCCCUGCUGCUGUCCUGCUGCGGGCUGGCUGUGGUCUGCGGGGUGGUGGGCCGGCCCCUCGGGAUGCACACCGUGGCCUUCAUGGCCGCUGAGUGCCUGCUGGUCACCGUGCGCACCGGCCAUGUCAUCACGAGGUACACCAUCCACCUGUGGGACCUGAACCACGAGGGCACCUGGGAGAGCAAGGGCACCUACGUGUACUACACUGACUUCAUCCUGGAGCUGGUGCUGCUCUCCCUGGACCUGAUGCACCACAUCCACAUGCUGCUCUUCGGCAACAUCUGGCUGUCCAUGGCCAGCCUGGUGAUCUUCAUGCAGCUGCGCUACCUGUUCCACGAGGUGCAGCGCCGGGUGCGCCGCCACAAGAACUACCUGCGCGUCAUCGACAACAUGGAGGCCAGGUUUGCGGUGGCCACCCCAGAAGAGCUGGCGGCCAACAACGACGACUGUGCCAUCUGCUGGGACUCCAUGCAAGCGGCGCGCAAGCUCCCCUGCGGACACCUCUUCCACAACUCGUGCCUGCGGUCCUGGCUGGAGCAGGACACCUCCUGCCCCACGUGCCGCAUGUCGCUGAACAUCAACGAGGCUGGUCGCGCCCGGGACGAGCGCCAGAGAGAGCCCCUGGACGACAACCUGGGCCCCGGGCCAGGGGCCGAGGGGCGGCCCCACCUCAACCAGCACAACCACUUCUUCCAUUUCGACGGGUCCCGUAUCGCCAGCUGGCUGCCCAGUUUCUCAGUGGAAGUCAUGCACACCACUAACAUCAUGGGGAUCGCUCAAGCCAACAACUCCCAGCUCAACGCUAUGGCCCAUCAGAUCCAGGAGAUGUUCCCGCAGGUUCCCUACCACCUGGUGCUGCAGGACCUCCAGCUCACGCGCUCCGUAGAAAUCACCACCGACAACAUACUGGAGGGCCGGAUCCAGGUCCCCUUCCCCACCCAGUCGGCCGAGCGCACCGCCUUGCUGGGGGGCCCCGCUCCUGAGGAGCCGGCAGGGGCCAGCGGGGGUGUGGAGGCCACGCCCGGGGGGCCGGAGGACUCUGAGGCCCGGGGCAGCCGCUUCUCCAAGUCAGCCGAGGAGAGGCAGAGAAUGCUCUUACAGAGGAAGGAGGAGCUGCUGCAACAAGCACGCAGACGCUACCUGAGCCGGAGCCCUGAGGAGGAAGAGGAGGAAGAGGAGGAGGAAGAGGAGGAGGAGGAGGAUGGCCUGCCCUCUCUGCAAGGGGAUGGCUCGGACUCUAUGACGCAGCGCCGCCGCAUGCUGGCCGCCGCGGCCGAACGGCGCAUGCAGGGGCAGCGCGACCCCUAACCUUCUCCCCCCAGCCCUGCCGCUGCCCCUCUCCCUCACCCCUGGACCCUGCCCCUCUCCCUCACCCCCCGACCCUGCCCCUCUCCCUCACCCCCCGACCCUGCCCCUCUCCCUCACCCCCCAACCCUGCCCCUCUCCCUCACCCCCGGACCCUGCCCCUCUCCCUCACCCCCGGACCCUGCCCCUCUCCCUCACCCCCGG